CAUUUUAAAAACACUGCUUUCUUCUCUCUGUGCAAAUUGGCCAAGCAACACCAGACUUAAAGGUACCACUUUCUGUCUUUUCUUUACCCUUCUCAGAGACAUCAUUACUCUUCAUAUCUUUUACUACCACCCCUUUUGGGUCGAAACUGAAAAGUUCUUCUCUUUCAGGUAAAAGGACCUUUUCAGUUGCAUUAACUUUGGAUUUGAACAUUGGAAGUUGGCUGUGAGCUUGAAGUAGAUGUCAAUGGCUAUGAGAUUUUCGUGGUGGACAAGGUAGUAAGACUCUUACUGUGCUUGCCCCACCCCUCACUUUCUUCUAGUUUGCCGGCUUCUUGCCAUGAUCCUUUAAAUUCACUUAUUCGACUUUUGCAUUUAUUACAAUACUAUUAUUAAGCUCAAUAAAUACCAACUGUUAAAGUUUAAUGAAUGCCUCCUCUGCCUCCCAUUUAAUCUGUACCUAUUAUCCUAUGGAGUGGUCCUUAUCAGUAUCACAGACUAGUCUUCUCACCUCUGCUUUUUCUCCGUCCUUAACAGGUAAUAGCACCUCCUGAAAUUUAUUGUUGAUAACAACUUCUGGCCAUGAUUUUUAUUUCAGUGCAUGAUUCUCCAAUUUCCUUGUAUGAAAUUUUAUAUUUCUGUUUGAUGCAUUUAAAGCAUUUUAUUACAUGAACUGGGCAUUUUACUAUUAAACCCUCUUGUUUUCAUGUUCAUUUUGAUCAUCUGGUGAGCAUUGCCUUGUGACUUCUUGCAGAAAGUUCUUGCAUGUUUCUCAGGAAGAUUCAGGAAAUUAUUUGGUAAAUUGACGGGUAUUGCAAGACAACUGAAAGUGGUUUUUCAAGAAUUUCCAGGAGGUGCCAACGGUUUUGAGCUCAUGGCAAGGUUUUGUUACAACAAUGGCGCAAUUGAGAUAACUCCCGCAAAUAUAGUCCUACUAAACUGUUCUGCUUAUUUCAUGGAAAUGGGCAGUAAUAGCUCUGGCUCUACAGCACCAAACUUAGUAGGCCAAACCGAAAAGUCUCUUGAAGGGAUCACUUACUGGACUUGGUCUGACCUUUUAAUGGCUCUAAAACAAUGCCAAGAUUCAUUUCCAGUAACAAAUUCUUCAUUAGUACUUGAGAAAGUAUUGGAUUCCCUUAUAGCAAAGCUUGCUUUGCCUACUGUUGCGAGCCCAUUCAGAUGUUCCUUAGAUAAUUUCAGUUCUCAGUUUUCAUUUGAUAUAAGCAGCACUUGUAGUACGAGAAACAACUGUUCCCUAACAACACGGUGGUUUGAAGAUCUAUUGUUCUUGAAUGUCAAUUUGUUCGACAAAAUGAUUAGGAUUAUGGUAUCCCAGAAAUUAGAUCAAGCUACCAUUUUUAAGUUCCUCAUUUUUUACCUGAAAUCAAAACUUCUCAGCGCUGGACUGCCUGAGAAGCGCCAAAUCACGGAGAAGGUGAUCAGUCUGCUUUCGUUACUUGAUAGGAGCUGUCUUUCUUGCAAGGGCUUAUUUGAUAUUCUUCGAAUCAUCUCAAGUUUGAAAAGAAUAGGCAAAUGCUACAAAUUGAAGUUGGAGAGACUGAUAGGUUCACAGCUGGAUCAAGCAACAUUGGAUCAUCUGCUAGUUCCAUCUCCACAUAGGAAGCAUUACAUGUAUGACGUGAAUUUGGUUUUGAGGCUUGCAGAAGCAUAUCUCCGUCAAGGUUGGAUGACCCUGAGUCGAUUGACGAAGGUUGGUAGCUUGAUGGAUGCGUACCUUAUAGAAGUAGCACCAGAUUUUCUUCUGAAACCUUCCAAGUUUGCAGCAUUAGUAUCGGUCCUUCCAGAUUCUGCAAGAGAAUCUAGUGAUAGACUCUUCCAAGCCAUUGACUUAUAUCUUGAGGUUCAUACUCGAUUAUGUGAAGAGGAAAAGAUGAGGUUAUGUUGUGCACUGAAUUAUGAAAAACUCUCAGCCGAAACUUUACAACACCUAGCUCAAAACUCCAAGUUUCCGUCAAGGAGAUCAUUACAAGUUUUCAUAUCUCAGCAAUCCAAGCACAGUAGCUCAAUCAGUAAUCACAUGUACUCCUUUAAAAGGUUAGAUGAAUUUCGAUUUUGUAGCGCUAGUAAGCCAAAUGAAAGUGAUAGAGAAGGCACUAAUGAGCAAGUCCGUCCUUGUGCAAGAAAGCACAGAGAAACUCGGAAUCUUAAAAAACACUUGCAGCAAAUGCAGUGUAGAGUAGCAGAAUUGGAGAAGGUGUGCAAAGCGAUGCAAUCCCAGAUGCCAAAUGUAACGAAAAAAAGAUUAUGUAAUUCAGGCAAAGUUAGAUCCUUGCCAAAACUCUGUUCAUGAUACGAAAUGGAUUCAUGUAAAUAUGCAAUUGCAAAUUAAAUAGAAAUGGGAGAAGUUUUUCUUUGGCCGGAAAUGAUAAAAAUUGUCAUUUCUAA